GAUGGCGGCUGGUGGUUGAGGCAUGGAGCCGUUCAUUCAGUUGAGUUAUAACGAACAGUGCCCCAAGAAAACUGCCAAGCUUCCAGAAAUAGCAUUAGUCAAUAAAAGAAAAGUUCCUGAAUGCUUUUGGCUAGCUUUGUUGGAGAGAAAGUGCCCAGAAGGGCUUGGUGAAGUUAGUGAAGGAUUGGUGAAUGAUGAAAACCUUACACCAGCAGACUUUCUCGAUGAUCUGAAUGUAUCACCAGACAUUUGUGCCUCCCCACAAACAAAAAUCAGCAAUGCUUGUUGCACAGAUUUUAAGACAGAGAAUGGUGAUCAGUUUAAGACACCAGUAACCUCAAGAUACAGUCACAAAAUUACUGAGACACCAUGUUUAUUCUCUCAGGAUGAAUCAACUACAUGUAUUUACAGCCCAACAUCAAGUUUGAAGUCACAACCUACCGGUCAUGGAGAUGAACUGUUCAAUCAAGCUGAAACAAGCACUGAUCUUUCUCAGUCUCCUACCACUCCAGUAGCUUUAUCCAGGUACAAAAGUGGAAGUGAUUGGUCUGCAAGAAGAACAACAUCGCCAGACAUUUUAGCAGAAAUACUGGGCCAAAGAGAACCCACUCUGUCGCGCCUGUUAGCUGGAGGUCAUGAGGACGAGAUCACAGAAUGGUCCGAAUCGAUGGCAACUCCGCCGUUGAAUACAACAGAACCAGCUGGAGACCCAUCUGAUGGCCAAGUAGACGGUGAGAACACCGAUGAAAAGGUGAUGGGAGGAGAAGGGCAAAUACCACCUAAGCGCAUUGCCCGUGUCCUGUUCUCAGGAUGUUUAGCGGAUCAGUCGUUAGAAGCCAUGGAACUCUCUCUGGACAAAGCUAAAGUGGACGAUAAGUCUUUGGUGCCAUUAAGGAUUACGGGUUCAACGUUACGAACAACUCCAAGAAUGAAGACAGCCGAUAGCUCACUCACGGAAGAGGAAUUUGUUAUGGAGUAUUCUUGUCACGACGAGUCAAAACGCAGUGAUAUAACUCUUUCAGAACGAUUUUCAGGGGUAUCUAAAGUUACGUUGUCUGCUAAAGGGCCCCCUAGCCCAAUUGAUGCAGAUGUUGCUAUUAGAAUGACGUACUUUUCUCCACCAUCUGCUAAACCAAGCUUAAUACAUUCACCCCAUCCCAACAGUUUUCUUUCACCUAAAAGUCAGAGUCCUUUCCAAGUACUAGCCCAGUCCACCCCAAAGCAGUCAUUUAAAGGCGAUCUCCCCAAAGUUAUAAACACGUCCAGGACGAAUGAUAAGAGCGUAACUGAGAACCAUGACACGAACCUUCCCCUUGAUACAAACAUGCACAAUUAUUUGCCCGACCAAUUGUGUGACAUGAAUGAAAAGAAAGUCCACUCUGCAUCAGGCGAUAAAAUUGACGCUGAGGAACUAGAUCAUGAACUUGAGGAUACGGAUGUUUCGUUCGGUUCACCAUCGAGAUCGUUUGAACUGGCCAUGGCGCGUGAGGCGGACAAGCUGUGUUCUGGGGCAGAGAAAGAUUCACGCACCUCCGGACUAGGUUCAUCAUUGUCCGUGAGUUUAAACCCUCAGUCACAGAACACUGACGAUGAAUUGAUUAAUAGCACUGUCUCCCAGCCAACCAAUUACAUCCAAGAGACUGCUCAAAUCCCAAGAAAUGGAAACACAUUGCAAAAUCUGGGUGAAAACAAUAUCACCAUAUCUGGUGAGACUACCGGUGGAUCAUUGCAUGGUCAUGGUAACUACUUAAGAAAAAGGUCAUUCUGCAAAGUACCCGGAAUUCGUCGCUCAGCUCGAACAAAACGAUUCUCUUAUCCCUCAGCGAGUCAAGUUGCUGAACAUCACAUAAAAAAGAGUGCUAGAAGAUCUGUUACAAAUGAUGAUUUUUCACUACCUGCCAGAGAGGAAAAUCCUAGGAUUAAAGAAGCCAAAGGUUCAGUGAACUGUGAAACGCAUGGAGAUAUAGCCUCUUAUACCACCCUCAACAGCUGUGAUGGUAAUAUUGAACUGCCUCUUUCGGAAAAACUUAAGUUUGAGGAAAUGAGUGCGUUUUGCAAAGGUGAUAACGCUUUGAAAUCAUCUCCCACUGUGAAUAGCAAGGAAAAAGACGAUGUCCUUUAUGACAUGGAUGCCCUCACCCAAUUUCCAAUGGAAUCCAUUUGUUCUCCUCCACCGGGAGCGUCGAGAGCGCACCUAGAAAAAGAGGACGUGACAGAAAGCGUGAAGACAGGAAAGCUUGUUUGUUGUGAUGGCAACAAUGAGCCCUUAUUGUGGCCUACAGAGAAGGCAGAAUUAGAGCCUGUUAAUGGGAACACAAGAAAGAUUUCGGAUGCAUCACAAAGUAGUGCUGUAGCCCCGCUUGAUGAGCACAAGUACCCAUCGAUGGCGGACGAGAUGUUUGGAGAGGAUAACCAAAUCUGGGAAAAUAAUUCCAUCAAGGCAGGGAAAUUUAAAAUAACCGCGUUGCACGGAUCUCAGAUCAGCGAGUUUUCGCCUAUACAAACCGACAAUUGUCAAUAUUUCGGAAGAUUUUCUCCCGAAACGAAAGAUGUUUACGUUACGAGCGAGUAUGACAAUGUUACGUCCGUCACGAAUGGAACUAUUUCAGGCUUUGAAGGUUUCAAAACAGCAAGUGGAAAACACGUGUCGGUAUCCUCCGAAGCUUUGGAGAAAGCGAAAGCUACCGUUAAAGAGAUUGACGAAUUGUUAGGUUUGUGUGAGGGUGAUGAUAAGCAAGUAAAACGACAUUUACAGCCUGAGAUUAGUAUGUCAUGUAACGCAACACAAAAUAAUGGCGUCACCUCUUGCUUAAAGGAUAUAAGCUUGCCGCAGAGAGUUGGUGAGACUAUCGCAAGCGACGAAAACCUUUCUGGUUUUGAGAUAGUACAAUCGUCUGUGCUGCCUGGAUUUUGUGGGUUUUCGACUGCUAGCGGCGACCAAAUUCAUAUAUCUCAAUCUGCAAUGCAGAAAGCAAGGAAAACCCUAAGUGGAGUUGACAUCGAUAUGAAAGAUAUUGUAUAUGACGAGGGAAUUAAAAAGUCAAAGAAGGAGCCAUAUUUCCUUAUGGAAAGAGGGGAAGGAGCUCCAGUGAACCAGCUCGCUCCAGCUGAUAACAUCGAUUACGAUUUUGGUAAUAAAGAGGAAAUUCCUCUUUUAAAGAAAGCAAAAAGUGAUGAACCUCGUCUCCAAGAAAAGUGUUGCACUGAACCUCACAGGAUUGCCUCGUUCUCUAGUUCUGUGACUGAAGCACUUGUCAAUGGGAAUGAUGAUCCUGAUUUUGCUUCAGCCGCGUUCUUACUGAUUGAGGAAAAACGUGAAAAUGUGCUUCUGAAGGACCACUCAAAGAAGAAUUUUUCUACAAUACGUGCUGGUGAAACAGAAAAUAAGGACCUAACUUUGCAGAGUCCCGCGUACGUCGUGGGUGAUUCUGUAAAUAAACAUUUUGAAAAUGUAAAUGAUUCGUUACUUGAAGACUUGUUGAAUGACUUCAAGCGCAAAAGACGAGACUCCUUGAUCGCUAUCAGCGGGGAGAGCGACAAAGUGGAGGAGCGUGAACUUAACACGAAAAGUGCAGUCAACAACUCUUGUGAUGUGAGACAUAAGCAUUGUAAUGAAAAAUACUCCUUAGAGUGCAAUGGAAAUGUUUUAAAAGAAAUUCUCCCUGAAUUUGCAAUUGAUAAGUCUAUCUCUGUCUCGAAGGAAACCACUGAACUCUGCACAAAGAUGCAAAGCGGGGAACGCAUUGCCCCUCCAACUGCCUUUUCUGGUUUCCAAACUGCCAGUGGCCAGCUGGUGAAACUAUCUGCGGAGUCAAUGGAGAGAGGAGCGGUCAUAAUGCAGCAGAUUGAUAAUUCCCUUCAGCAAAACAGGGAGGCCACUGCACCACCACAUGCCUCUUCUGGUCUCCAAACUGCAAGUGGCCAGCUGAUGAAACUAUCUGCGAAGUCAACGGAGAAAGGUGCGGCCAUAAUACAGCAGAUUAAUAAUUCCCUUCAGCAAAACAGGGACACUACUGCACCAGCAAAUUCCUUUUCUGGUUUCCAAACUGCUAGUGGCCAUAAAGUGAAACUAUCUGAGGAGUCAAUGGAGAAAGGGGCGGCCAUAGUGCACCAGAUUGACGAAUCCAUUCAGCAAAACAGAGAGAUUACUACACCACCAAAUGCCUUUUCUGGUUUCCAAACUGCCAGUGGCCAUAAAGUGAAACUAUCUGAGGAUUCAAUGGAGAAAGGGACGGCCAUAGCGCGCCAGAGUGACAAUUCCAUUCAGCAAAACAGUGAGACCACUGCACCACCAAAUGCCUUUUCUGGUUUCAAAACUGCAAGUGGGCAGCGAGUGAAAAUAUCUGCGGAGUCAAUGGAGAAAGGAGCGGCCAUAAUACAGCAGAUUGAUAAUUCUAUUCAGGGCAACAGGGAGACCACUGCACAACCAAAUGCCUAUUCUGGUUUCCAAACUGCCCGUGGGCAGCGAGUGAAAAUAUCUGCGGAGUCAAUGGAGAAAGGAGCGGCCAUAAUACAGCGGAUUGAUAAUUCUGUUCAGGGCAACAGGGAGACCACUGUACCACCAAAUGCGUUUUCUGGUUUCCAAACUGCUAGUGGGCAGCGAGUUGAAAUAUCUGCGGAGUCAAUGGAGAAAGGCGCGGCCAUAUUACAGCAGAUUGAUAAUUCUGUUCAGGGCAACAGAGAGACUACUGCACCACCAAAUGCGUUUUCUGCUUUUCAAACUGCUAGUGGCCAUAAAGUGAAACUAUCUGAGGAGUCAAUGGAGAAAGGGGCAGCCAUAAUGCAGCAGAUUGACAAUUCCAUUAAGCAUAACAGGGACACCAUUGCACCUCCAAACGCCUUUUCUGGUUUCCAUACUGCUAGUGGACAGCAAGUGAAUAUAUCUGCGGAGUCACUGAAGAAAGGAGCGGCAAUAAUGCAGCAGAUUGAUAAUUCUCUACAGCAAAACAUGGAGACUACUGCACCUCCAAAUGCCUUUUCUGGUUUUCAAACAGCCAGUGGCCAAAAAGUGAAGCUAUCUAAGGAGUCAGUGGAAAAAGGGGCGGCCAUAAUGCAGCAGAUAGACGAUUCCAUUCAUCGAAACAAGGAGACCACUGCACCGUCAACUGGCUUUUCUGAUUUCCAAACUGCCGGUGGCCAGAAAGUAAAACUAUCUGUGGAGUCGAUGAAGAAAGGAACGGUUGUAAUGCAAGAGAUUGACAAUUUUAUUCACAGAGACAAAGAGAAGGUUGAUCAACCUCUUCCGAGAAACAUAGACGGCAGUGAGUCCACAAAUUGUUUUUCUGAAUGCAGCGCAAACGUAUCCAGUGCUUCAGGUUUUUCUGGUUUUCAAACCGCAAAUGGUAAAACGGUACAGAUCUCGGAAUCAGCACUCGCAAAGGCAAAAGACACUAUAGCUAGCAUUGAGAAUGAUGUUAUAAAAUCUAGGACAGGAACAGAGGGAGUAUUAAAUGACUCCUCAUUUAAAGGAAUGGACAAAUGGAAACUGCUUAAUCAAGAUACAGAUAGUGCAAUCAGCGACGGUCACCUUGUACCUGCGAUGUUUCUUGGAAGUUCCACGCCUUCACGUGACGGACGCUGCUCAAAUGAACAAGAUGAUGCGGUGUCCCGUGAGAUUCUCGAAAGUUCUGAAGCCCUUCUGGCGUAUGAAUCUUCUCUGGAUGUCUCAGAAUACGACAAGGUUACUAUUGCAUGGGACUCAUUGAGAACAAGUCCAGUUUCAAUGACAGGAAGUGCUAAAGGGUUGUCUUCUGAUUCUAAGGAAGACUUUCAAAGACGCCACUCAACACCACAAAGGUGUGGCGAAGACAUGGUAAACAGAAAUCAUAAAGAAACUCGGAGUGGAUUGAAACCUUGUUCAACAACACCAUCAGGUGUUUUCCAUGAUCGGAGGGUACACCUUCAUGCUCCUUUGAGGGCGCGUCUGGCCACAGUCGAAAACACGUUUACACCAAGAGGAUCAGACAGCACUCGCUCGUUGAACCCGUUGCGAGCCACAACCCCUGGCUGCUUCAAAACCAAACAUAUUCCUUCACCAAGAACUAGCACCCCUUUAAAUUCCAACGUAAUGCAUCGUACGUCUGCCCCUCGUCCACUCUUCAUUACGCCUUACAGAAACCGAGAAGUGUCAACGGUUGUCUCUCCCCUUGCCCGUUGUAGCAGCUCUUCUUUUCCAGUGAGUGAGUCUCCAAAGCCCCACAUAACGGAUUUGAUGGAACCAAGCUCAAAGAAAGCAAAACUUUCAUCACGAAAUUGUUCAUCUGUGAUUAAAUGUGGUCAGCCUGAGACUUCAUCUAAGAGCAAAGAGGGACUUAAACCGCGGCCUGGUUUCUUAUCUGGACUGCGCCGCCACAAUAAACGGAUAAAGCUCAAGGAUUAUGUUGGGAGCAGCACACUUCCAGGGAGAUACACUGCUGCAGAGUUGCUUCAGAUCGGUGUGUUUCCAGAGGUGAUUUCUGUUACCUCCACGAACGCAGUAUCAUUUCGGUUCUGUGGGAGGAGGUACUUCAGUGAAACUGCUUUGUCCAACGGCGGAGGUGUUCGGACUGAGGAUGGAGGUGUGAUGCUUGUCGGGAGUGAUCACUACGUUGGUCUGGAAGAAAUACAGAGUGCGUUCUUAACCACACCAGGCGUGGACAGUCAGCUGAUUAGUAAGGAGUGGAUUGCUAAUCAUUACAGAUGGCUCGUCUGGAAACUCGCUGCAAUGGAAGUUGCUUUUCCGCAUCAUUUUGCUGGCAGGUGCUUAACACCAGAUUGGCUUCUGUGUCAACUCAAGUACAGAUAUGACAGGGAAAUUGAUGGCAGUGAAAGAUCUGCACUGAAGAAAAUCACGGAGCGCGAUGAUGUGUCUAGUCGCACAAUGGUACUUUGUGUAUCAAGCGUCACAGUAACGCAAGAGGACAAGGAGAAAAACGCAUCAGAACAGAGUGAUGACCAAGGCGAAAAAGAUGGCCAGAGUAGGAUGAAAAUGGAGAGUUGUGCUGUCAUUGAGGUUACUGAUGACUGGUACAGCAUCCGAGCAAUAUUGGACAAACCGCUUACCAGGCUGCUACAUGAUAAGAAGAUUGUUGUGGGUCAAAAGCUGAUUGUUUGUGGCGCUGAAUUAGUAGGAUCCGAACAGGCUGUCUCCCCUCUAGAGGCUCCUUCAACGUUGAUGUUACGGCUGCAUGCUAACUCAACUCGGCGUGCACGAUGGGAUGUGAAACUCGGAUUUCAUCAUCAUACGCAUGCGUUUCCAUUACUGCUUUCCUCUUUGUUUGGCGAUGGUGGAUUUGCAGGAUGUGUAGAUAUUAUAGUUUUGAGACAAUAUCCUGUUCAGUGGAUGGAAAAGAUGCCUGAUGGAACCAACGUGUUCCGCAAUUCUCGCCUCGAGGAGAGAGAGGCCAAAAAGUUUGAAGCGGAUCGUCAUCAACGAAGGGAAAAGUUGUUUAUCAAAAUACAAGAAGAGUUUGAAAGGGAAUGCCUGGAGCCAGAGAGAGAAAGGAGAAGAUCAGCAAGAUUUCGUCGCCGUUCGUUUUUACCACGUGAUUUGAAAGACUUGCAUGGUGGGAAAGAGAUUUACGAAGCUCUUACACAAGCCACGGACCCGGAUGCAGUGAAAGAGUGCCUCGAUGAACGCCAAAUGCGAGCUCUAGAGGAAUACCAGCGUGCAUCACAAGAGAAGAAAUUUGCUGAAUUACAGAGCAAGUUUGAACGCACUUGGAAGGAACAGGAAGAGGAGCACCAGCCCCAAAGAAAUGUGGUGCCUCUGCUCAAAGUUCGGAUUGCUGACUAUUUGCUCAAAGGUCGGGAAAGGCAGCAUGCUGUCUUGAGCAUUUGGCGACCGAGCGAAGAAGUCAUGCAGUUGUUGAGCGAGGGAUCCAGGUUGAGAAUUUAUCAUCUAACAGCAUCAGGUGUCCGGUAUCGGCAGGGUGUGAGUGAACUCCAGCUUUCUGCAACGAGAACAACUAGAUAUCAGGACCUAUCAAGUGAUCCCGAAGUCAAAAGCAUGGUUUACGUUCCUCGACAGGUCUGUUCAUUUCAUGGGUUACGCUUCAACUAUUCGCAGUCGUCUUCGGAAGUUGAUUUGGUUGGACUAGUGAUCUUUUGCAGUCCUCUGUCAUCCUUCUCUAGUUCAAGUUCCAAUGUACAGACUGUCUAUUUAUCUGACGAAGAGAGCAACAUAGUAGCAAUCAAGUUUUGGGAAGGACUAAAGGCGGUUGCUGUAGAUGAUCUUAUCAAAGCUGGUAACUUCAUAUGUUGCAGUAACCUGACAGUCCGCCCAGACGACCGCGCCCAGUGCCCGUCAUUAACCUUCUGGGAACUGUCAAACGUUUCCCUGAAGCCUCGUGAACCACACCUGCGGGCUGCCCUACAUACCUUACAGCAAAGUAUACAGGAUUUGCGCCUGUUUAUGAGCCAGAUUCAAGAGAAGCUUAAUUUCAUUUUGCAUCCAAAUAAAGCAUCGUUACCAGAGAAUCUAAAGGUCGACGCAAUCCGUGUCCAUCGUCAAUCGUUAGACAUUACCUCCAGCCUCUGUCAAAAUAAUGGUUUUAUUUCUUCUAAAGCAAAAGAAGUAUUACACUCCUCUGGGAAGGAAAUUGGCCCAAACUUACUCGCACCACCAUCUUCAUGUGUUGAUGUUAAAGUUUCGCACCAAUCAGAUGACCCCAGCUUGGAGACUCCCGAUCCAGCCACGCAUAAAGUCAAUUCCCGCGCAAAGCGUACACGUUCCAAACGGAAGUUAUUAGAGAGUAUCCCAGAACCUCCGCCUUUAUCGCCGCUACCCAGUCUCAUUCCGGCUAGUGUCAGAAGAGAAUUCAAAAAGCCACGGCGAGCUGAAAACCAAGGAAAUAUCCACAGUAAACAGUGAAGACUAUGCGGGAACUACAGAAUAUUGUACACCGAUUAAGGAACGCGCGCAUCAAGUUCACCGUCUGUUCAUGUUAGACUCACCGAACGGUCCCUGCCUCAUUUAACAAGGCACUUACCAUCAGUCGGACCUGACGGGCCACGCCGGUCCAUUCUUAACCCUUAAAUUCCAAGAUUGUAUUAAUAUUUAAUUUCUCCUUGCAAUUCUAAUAUGACUUGUUAUCUUGCAAACAGGUUUUGAGAAAAGAUAAGUUUUUCGGCUAGAGGUUGUUUUCUUGAUAUUCUACAGGAAAGCUAUGGCAGUUAGUAAGUGCAAUUGUUAUGCGGAUCUUGGAAGUCAAAGAGUUAAAGACAAUCCUGCCCUUUCAUCAGUGAGUACUUUUCGGCCAGGUCGGGAAACCUUAGAUUACCUUGACAACGUUAUGAUGGAUUUUUUUCUUAAUUCACUUUAAAAAAGGGUCCAUUAAGCGUUGAAUUAACCAGACUGUCGGUCAAUGUAGUAAGUGUCCCUUAUUAUUACUGCGCUGAAACAGAAAUCGGUUUCACUUGUGUUUCGAGAUAAUGGUUAAUUUUUACGGUAUUUCAUUAUCAUGUUGGGUUACUUUAUUUUAAUUGACCUGGUGUGUGUACAAUGCAUUUUAUCCGAGAUUUCACAUGUGAAACAGUGCGUCAUCAAACCUGGUAUAUAAACAGGUCAGCCAAUCGGCUGUUACUGUAACCUUAAGAUUUGGUCCCCAGCUAAGUCUGGUAAGACAUUCCGUACAAAAUCUAAUAAUUUCAAAGAUGAUAAAAAUUCAUUUGGACGGCCCUCUCGCGCGUGAGAAUUAAUAGCGAGGUAAGCCGUCAGCAGUAUCACUUAAAUUAUUCGGCGAAAAACUUGCUUUCAGUUCUAAGAAGUUAAUUUUCAUCUUUAUAACUAAUUCCACUGGUUUUCAUAUUCCCAAUGUGAGUCUUUGAUUGAAAGGUUUAUAAAUUUUACAUGUGUACGUUAUGUCUUCAUUUUAGACGCUAAAGGGCGAUGUGUUUUUGUUAAGAACAAGAAAUUUUGAUUAUCUUUGGUUUCAACAAACGGAUAAGUUGUGUAAAAGAUAAAUAGUAAAAGUUACAUUAGCAUGGUUUUAUUACGGUAACGAUAAUGGUUAAAAGUAAUCCUAAGUUUUUGAAAAACGAUACUUUAAAAAAUACAUAAUUUAUCACUGUUCUGUGAAACUGCUUCCUGCAAUGUACUUCCUAGUCUCCUUCCCAGCUUCUUCGAAGCCGUUCUUAGGACUCGUCACGCAACGCUCUUCUUGCGUGACGAGUUUAAGAACGGUUGCAAAGGGGACUAGGUUCUUCCAUGUCAGAACAAGUUGUUCAGUUUCUACUGAAAAAGGCUUUCGGUAUAAGAUAUUGUUUAAGGACAUAAUCGAUUUGUCCUUGAUGAUUUAUUUAUGGUUGUAUUUGCUAUGAAGUAUUGGAAUAAAGGUGAAGGACUUUU